AUGACCAUCGGUGCGGCGCCAACCACAAAGAACGUCAGGGAGUUCAGCGACGAGCAGAUGAAGGCUGGUCAGAACAUCCUAGGCAUGCAGGCAGGCUUCACUGGCGGAGCCUCCCAAUCGGGCAUGUCCAUGGGUGCUGGCCGCCAUAUUGCUGAUAUUAAGGUGGAUGCCAUGUCAAAAGAUGGCCAGAGCAUGCUCAGUCAGCAGGCAGGCUUCACCGGUGGAGCUUCUCAGUCCGGCAUGUCCUUCGGAGCAGGUCGCCAUAUCUGCGACACCAAGGUUGACGCGGAAAUGUCGAAAGAGGGCCAGAGCGUCCUCAGCAAGCAAGCUGGUUUCACCGGUGGGGCGUCACAGAAGGGGAUGUCCAGUGGAGGCGCCCGUCACAUCUCCGACAUCAAAGUCACUGACAUGUCGAAGGAGUCACAAGGCAUGAUGUAG